GUAGAUGUGUGCAGACAACCUGCUCGCGCGUAAUUCUGGGAGGACUCUCCGCCGAGCAACGACACAAUAAACACUCACCGAGCCGCGAGAGUUUCCCCCGGUGGAGUAACAAUCAGCACUUGAAUCACGUCACACCACCCAGCCAGGAGUCCAGCAGCAAUCUGCAGCCAUGUAUCUGAACAGGGAGGAGGAGAACAGCAAAGGCUCGGUCUCUCUGAGCGUGCUGCUGGUGUCGUUGGCUGUGACGGUGUGUGGAGUUUGGCUGGUGGCUCUCUGCGGCGUCUGCGGAUGGUGUCAACGCAAGCUGGGGAAGAGGAAUAAACCAGGAGUGGAGUCCGUCAGUUCUCCCGAUUCAGGAAGAGGAAGAGGAGAGAAAAAAGCCAUCAAUGAUUUAGACAGAGACUUUUGGAAUAACAAUGACAGCAGUUCAGUACAGCAGCGCUGGAGCUCAUACCCGCCCAAGGAGUUUGUACUAAACAUUUCUCCCUAUGCCCCUUACGGAGAUCCACGCCUCACACUCAAGGAAGGAAAAAUGGUGGUUCUCUCUCUCGCGAUCGGUUUGGCCGAGCAGGACGACUUUGCCCAUCUGCCAGACCUACAGGAAGAACCGGCCGGUCAAGAAACCCCCCCUGAAAAGAGUAGGAACAUGGGGAAUAAGCCAGCUAACAGUCCUAAGGGUCAGCCGCCAGACGCCGACGGCCAUUCCUCAGUGUCUGACCUUGCCAACUCGCUCACUGGAGACAUGGUGAUGUUGUCUCCAGGGUCGGAAGACGAUGAUCACGAAGGUCCAGUGAGCGAGAAACUGGGCAGGAUUCAGUUCAGCUUGGGCUACAGCUUCCAAGACACGACUCUGACGGUGAAGAUACUCAAAGGUCAAGACCUGCCCGCUAAAGACUUCUCUGGGACGUCCGACCCCUUCGUCAAGAUCUACCUACUUCCCGACAGAAAGCACAAACUAGAGACCAAAAUCAAGAGGAAAAAUCUCAACCCUCACUGGAACGAAACCUUUCUGUUUGAAGGAUUCCCGUACGAGAAGGUACGGGAGAGAACGCUGUAUCUCCAGGUGCUGGAUUACGAUCGAUUCAGUCGUAACGAUCCGAUCGGAGAAGUCUCGAUUCCUCUGAAUAAAGUGGAGCUCGGACAGCUGAAGACGUUCUGGAAGGAUCUCAAACCCUGCAGUGACGGCAGCGGAAGUCGUGGAGAUCUUCUGUUGUCUCUCUGUUAUAACCCCACUGCCAACACCAUCACUGUUAACAUCAUAAAAGCUCGCAACCUCAAAGCCAUGGACAUCGGGGGCACCUCAGACCCCUAUGUAAAAGUAUGGCUAAUGCACAAAGACAAGCGAGUGGAGAAGAAGAAGACAGUGACCAUCAAACGCUGCCUGAACCCCGUUUUUAAUGAAUCCUUCCCUUUUGACGUGCCCGCACAUGUUCUCCGAGAGACGACCAUCAUCAUCACCGUCAUGGAUAAGGAUCGACUGAGCCGCAACGAUGUCAUUGGAAAGAUCUACUUGUCAUGGAAGAGCGGUCCUGCUGAGGUCAAACACUGGAAGGACAUGUUGAGCCGGCCGCGCACAAACGUGGCGCAGUGGCAUGCCCUCAAAGCUUGAUUCGCCCUCUCCAUUUCCAAUUUCUGCCCCCCGAACCCCAUUUGACAUUUGACCCGAAACCCCGUCCUUAUGCACAAGACAAACUUGCUGCCAGGCGGCACAACACGGGUACUUUUAGCCAUCCACUCUUGUAACCUUUAACCUUUGAGCGUCUCUCUCCUCCACUUUGGGCUUUACUCUGGUAACGUAGUACAAAACCUGCUUGUUCACUAAUCACACCAACGGUUCUUUUGCGCAUUAGCAUCCGCUCUGGACUCUGGGAUUGUCGAGGAAUCCAACAAAGCCAUUUAAAGAUGCUCUGAAAGCGUUCGCGCUGCAACUACACGUUACCAGGAUGUUGUUUCCUUCCUGUUUAGAUUUGUCUCUAGUGUUCCUCAGGCUGGAGAGGUCCGACAUCUUUGGGAUGUGUGAAGGCUUCACCUCGGCCCAAACCCUCGUCUCAUUCCACCAACCCUGCGUCUAGACCCAGAGGCUCAUGGGAGCUCAUUUGGCAGCCUUUAAAUUGGCCACUGCUGAAACAGAUCGAGUCGCAGGAACUCAAGGAGAUGUAUUUUUCCAGGUCUCAGACGUCCCAUGUGAGUCCAACAGCCCCGGAGGGCCGCGGUAAUUAAAGCCAUGAGGGGAAACGAGACGCCCUCUUUCCAUUAGCAGCCUCUCGUUUCUUUCAGUCUCCAUUUAUAGUUGUUUUUCUCAAAAUCCCUGACCUCUCCAAGCCUCUUUCCACAUCUAUCCCACUUGACCUGAUUUUCUGUACCUUCGUUCCUUCUCGCUUUCCGAUUGGUUCAGCUGAAACCCAUAGAUAUUGAAAACCUUACGCCAUCUGGAGAUUUACAGACAGCAAAUGGACUUCAUCCUCGUCCUUUUUGCUUUUUUCUCUCUGUGGUUUCUCUUUAUUGCUGGCACAAUAGUAGUGAAGUCCCUGUUUUUCUCGGGAUCCCUUGUCGUCCGUGUGCUGUGAGUGAUGUGUUGUAGACCCAACCGAAAUAUCGUUAAAAAACAUUAACCACCAGGGCGGAAAAUAAAACUACUUUCUCAAAGAAGCGUUCCAGGUUUUCUGGGACUUUUGGAUGGAAUCCUGAUGGAAGGGGAAAAAAACACUUGAUGUCAUCUUUUUUUCAUCAACAGACCUUUAAAGAAACCAAUCAGAAUUGUUCUUCCAGAUUUGCUGUGAAAUAAAGAAGAAAAGUUGAUUUAGCGUCGCGUGCGCCGGAUAGUUCUCGCCA